AAUGCCUCGCAACGGCAACAGCGAGAAGAUUUACCCUCACCAAAAUGGAGGAAACGGAAAUACAAAACGAAAACACCACCACCGGCUAUGAACUGGCUGCUAUUCCRGGAUCGGAACAGGUGCUGGAAAAAGAGAAUCCGAUGGAAGCUUUACAUUGCUUAGGAGAAUGCGAUGACCAAAACUGGUCUAUUGGCGCAAAGCACUUGGAACUUGAAAUCUCCAGCAGUGAUGCAAGCACCAGUGGCGUGACCGUUCCRGAAAAGGAUUGCGACGAGGAGACCGAAGACUCUGCCGAAAUAGACAUUAUCCCCGGUUCGGAACAGGAGAUAGAGGCACAAAUCGAAAUUCUAAAUUGCUCCGAAGAAUGCAAAUCUCACAAGCCGUCCAACGAGACACAACAAGGAAGAACGGCAAGGACGAGCAGCAAUACUAGUUCAUUUGGUAAAUCAGCUGUGGUCGUAAACAAUGGGGAAGAGAACAACGAUUGUUCUGAACAUGACGAUUGCUGCAGGUCGAAACUGGACCGGGGAAAAGGGAAUGAUGAAUUUAUGGAUUGCUCUGAAGAAUGCGAAGCUCGCGAAGGGUCUAUCGAAAGAAAACGAACAGGAGCGGCAAGUUCCAAUAGCAGUAGAAGCAGAAGUAGUGGUUAUACCCUUGCCACUAUCCGUACCGACAGCACGACAGAAUACUACGAAACAUCAAACAAAAUCGAAAGACCUACGGUCAAGUCGGGAGAAGUCUUCACAUAUGGCCGUUGCAGCAGCAACAACAAUGUCAGACGUGAACUGCCAUCCAAAGCUUCGAAAUCGUUUGCCUCCAUGCGCGAGAAAAUGUUUAGAUCGGAGACUUCCMUGAAUGGUUUCGCUUCCGAUACUCCAUCAGACGAGUCCGACGGAGGAAGCAAAAGGUUGAUAGAUUACCGGCAGGAAUUUAGAGAAUGUCACUUUGAAAAAGAAAGCUCGCRCUCCCUGUCGUUGCGAGGAUUGAUGUUUGGUGAUUCUCAGCGAGAAUUAUUCAUUGAAGAGCUCGUAACAGACGGCGCUGAUAGCACAAGAGGGAUCAAACAAAUUGGGCUGGAGGAAAGCAAAUGCUUGAGAUUCGGGGAAGUUUCGGAAAAAUCAGCAGUUGAAAUAGAAGAAGGCGAACCGGAUCUAUACCGUUCCGUCCGUUUUGCCGAUGAUGGUCCAGACUUGAUUUAUGAUGCUCAUUCAUAUAACAAASMRUGUGCAGAUUUCCUGGAAGACAUCGUUUUCGAUGUUUACAAUCAAUCCGAAUCAAAUUUGCUUGCAGAUGAUAUCACAAUCCCAAAGGGGACGAGUUUAUCGACCGAAAAGCACGGCCCGCGCGUAAUGUAUUGUGAUGAUCCUUUCGACACUUCUCCCAUAGAAAAUGACGAAACUGCAAGGGAUGACACCGCAAUCAUAAAGAAAAUUGCAACCACGAUGCUAUACGCUCUGGGAUCUUUCGUUGUAACCAAGGGUAUUGUUUGGUUGAAGAAGUUAAUUAAAAAGCUCAGCAAGGAGAACGAGGAUGUAAGAGAAAUAUCGAAUACUGUGAAUAAGAAUGACGUCGCCGAUGCUACAACAGACACGGCCAAAUCAACUACUGGAAAUUCUGGUGGGGGCGGGAAUAGUUCUUCGUCAUCCUCAUCUGGAUCAGCAUCAGCAUCAGCAUCAGCAACAGCAGGUGCAUCUUCUGCAGCUAGCGCUGCCGCCGCGGCGGCAGCGCAGGCUGCCGUAAUGCAAUCCAUGGCGGUAGCAGCAGCAUCUUCAGCAGGCGCAGCAUCUGGAGCGGCUGCAGGAGUUGCAGCCGUCGGUGCAGUUGUUGCUGGCGGUGCUGCAACUGCUGCAACGACAACAACUGUGGUACGUGGUUUUCAAUUAAUUAUUGUGCAUGUUGUGUCGAAACGACAGCCAGGAAACGUAUCAAAGGGCAUUGCUCGUCCUCGAUCGUGUAAAGUUUUAWGUGCCAAGCAGAUUAUGAUCUAGAUGCAUGUAUCACGUGUUGCAAUUCUUCGGGCAAAACUUAUAUAUCCAUGAGUUGAUUCUAUUCUUAUGCUGAAUGUUUGCUUAACGGUAAUUUCGCCGAUAUCUUCUUUUCCAAAAUUUUUCUGUGCGUUCAUUAGGUUGCAACGACUGCCACUUUAGGCCUUGUUGCAGCAUCAGCAGGCGCAACUAUGGGAGCGCCAUCGUUUUUCAGAAGUAACCCUGGUUGCCCAGAGAUUCCCGUUGAGGUGUCUAGCCCAAUGAUAUUAACCUUUGAACGAGAUUMGCUGGCGAUUGAUUUGUUGAACGAAGAUACAAAMUUUGAAGAAAUAGGAGAUUUAAUUGUGGAUGCUUACAACGCGAUUUCUGAUCCCUGUACCGAGGCUUACCAGAGAACRAUGCUCAAUUGUACACAUGAAUUUACAGAAUUCGAUCGCAUAGACAACUAUGUUAGUAUAUAUUGGAGGCCAUUCGUUACAUGCAACGCUUCCUGUCCAGUUACAGAUCCUCUCUUUGGCAACGRCGAGUUUGAGUCGAUUUCACGGAUGCUAAAUCCGAGAUUUUUGCGAGCUGAAAACUUAAUAAUGGAUCGCUUUCAAUUCAUCGAAAGUCUCAAAUUGAAACGGGAAUUCUCUGGUUUGAGAGAAGUUGUUGAGUAUCCAGUCGACUCAACAGUGAACGAGCAAAUCCAAUUGAGGAAUGAAGCAAUGCCUUCCGGAUCACCAUCUAUCGCUCCUUCUUCCUACMGUUCUUCAAACCCCAGUAUGGAUUCGUUCAUCGAACCAAAUGGACUUCCGGAAGAAAUCCAGAACGAGUCGCCCAGUGAUACUGAUAGUGGGUCUAAAAUUCCAUCAAUUGUACUGUCCAACGUUCCUAGUUUUGUGCCAACCUUAGCGCAGAGCUCAGAUAUAAGCGCGAUACCUUCGUCAGUACCGUCUGAGUUGGUGCUACCAAGCGAUGAUCCUAGUCAAAUUCCUAGCACCAUUCCCUCGAAUAGUAUCUCUCGACCGCCAAGUUCAACACCUUCUAUCCUACUUUCAUUCAAACCAAGCUCAAAACCCUCAGAAUAUCUGAGUGUUGCUCCAUCAGCCUUCACUUCAGGAACGCCUUCGACAACACCAAGCCAAGCUCCCUCUAUUACCUCAACAUCCAAUCCUACUUCUAAGCCCACUUCGAUGCCAACCAGAAUGCCCACCCGAGUGCCCUCAAUUGAACCAGUUUUGGAACUAUCCUCAAAGCCCUCAGAGUUCCAAAGCGGUAUUCCACCAUUAAAUCCUUCCAUCACACCUCCAAUAAUAGCAAGUGAAAUGC